CUGCCCGGCCACCAGGGCCGCUCCCAACAGCACCACAUUCAUACCCAGCAGACCAGAGAUCAGACGCCUCCCACUGGGAACCCAAACCAGCACCGGAUCCAGCUCCGGGUCCUGGAUCUGAUGGUCUGAGCUCUCACCACUUUGGGCAUUUCCAGCAACCAGCCUGUCAGCUCCGUGCCUCUCCAGGCCGCUCCAGUCCGUCCGGACUAACAGCAGAACCAGAACCACAACGAGGCGGUUUAACCGUCCAGGACCUCCAUGGACCCGGACCCAGAGUGAGCCAGGAGUGAGCCGGUACCACCAUGACGGACCGGUACCACCGGGCGGCCCGGGACGGCUACCUGGAGGUGCUGAAGGAGGCCACACGGAAGGAGCUGAACGCCCCGGAUGAGGACGGCAUGACUCCGACCUUAUGGGCCUCCUACCACGGUAACCUGGAGACGCUCCGGACCAUCACCGGGAGAGGAGGUGACCCGGACAGGUGUGACAUCUGGGGCAACACGCCGCUUCACCUGGCAGCUGCCAACGGCCACCACAACUGCCUGUCCUUCCUGGUGGCCUUCGGUGCCAACAUAUGGUGUCUGGACAACGACUACCACACGCCGCUGGACAUGGCCGCCGCCAAGGGACACAUGGACUGCGUUCGCUACCUGGACUCCAUCGUCGCCAAGCAGAUCACGCUCAACCCGAAGCUGGUCAACAAACUGAAGGACCGGGCUUUCCGUGCCGCAGAGCGCCGGAUCAAAGACUGUGCAAAGCUCCAGAGGAAGCACCGUGAACACAUGGAGAGGAAGUUCAUGAAGGAGUCGGCGGCUUUAGACAACUUUGAUGCUGUCAGCUUCUCUAGCUACAACAGCGGCAGCACGCUGAGCAAGUUCAACACUGUCACCUCCAACAUGCCAUACUCGCAGGCCACCCUCCACUCCACAGCCAAGGGCAAGGCCAAGAUACAGAAGAAGAUGGAGAAGAAGAAGCAGGUUGAUGGAACGUUCAAGAUCUACGAGGACGGGAGGAAAAGUGUGCGCUCGCUAUCCGGCCUGCAGCUCGGCAACGACGUCAUGUUCCUCAAACAGGGCACAUACGCCAACCCCAGGGAGCGGUCUCGCCUCAACAUUCGUGACAUGUUCCCCCGUGACAAUGACGACGACGACACCGUCUCCCGUGCCAUGAGCGACCCGGGCCUCUACGAGGCUGCGUAUUCGGAGAUCAGCGCCGACUCCGGACGUGAUUCCCUGUUCACCCGACCCGGGCUCGGCACCAUGGUGUUCAGGAGGAACUAUCUGACCGGAGGUAUGUUUGGUAUCGGGGCACGGGAUGAAGGGAGCGUAGUAGGGAGUGAACCCGUGGGCCGGGCGCCUAAUGUUCGUCUACGAGGACAUCUGCCUCGGCGCUCGCCCAGCUUCGAUCAGGACAGUAUCGGCAGCGCCUUGAGUCUGCAAGAGAGAAACCUCCAGGAGUUGCCCUGGGAGGAGACUGAUGUUGGGUUGGAUGAGGACUUGGAGCCAGAGAACAGUCCUCUGGACACCUUCCUGGCCUCUCAAAGCCUCGGUGAGUUCAUGGCGAUCUUUAGGAGGGAGAAGAUCGACCUGAAGGCUCUGCUGCUUUGUUCAGAUCACGACCUCACCAGCAUUCACAUCCCUCUGGGCCCAAGGAAGAAACUUCUGGAUGCCUGCAGGAGACGUCUGGACACCAUAGAUGAACCAGAGGCCAUUGAAGACACUGAGCUCUGAAGAUUAAACACUGUGAAGAUGUUUUGCAUACAUGAUGCUGACUCCAUGUACUGUUAUUAAUCUACAAUACAGUCGGUGGAGGCAACAUGGAGUCAAGGCAUCUGACUGAAACUGGGAAAAGAAGUGAUUAACAUUUUAUGGGAAAGCUUUGCCACAUAUACAAACACAUGGACGCACAGUCUGUCCAAUGAAAGUUAGCCUGACAUGUUAUCGUUGCGAUACUGUAUUAAUUAAUGUAUCAAUGAAUGAUUUGUGUAUUAGUGAAUGUACUUAACCCUUUGAAUAUGUUGUUUAUUCUGUCUUCAUUGUACAGUUUUCUGUACGUUAAACAUGUUAUUUUACUCCAUGGCAUAUAUGGACACAUAUGAUGACUUACUGUUUAUGAUGAAAUUGCCACAGACUGACUGUUGCUCUGCAAAUACUGCAAUAGUAAAAACAAUGGGGUGGUAUACUGUGAGGUUAUGUGAGUGUGUGCUAGAUAACGGGGUAAUCUCACGUUGCUCCGGGGUGUAUUUGGUUUCACUGAAAGUCUGUCUGUCUGUCUGUGCACUUGAGAGUAUGACUGUGCAUGAAUGUUCAUUUUAUGUUGGUAAAAAUCUGUUUUUGUAUCAGAAGAUGUAACCCACAACCAUAAUUAUCUUUUGCUAAAAUAAAGUGAAAACUAUGAUUG